AUGCCCCGAUCUAUUGAUCGUUGUCCGUCCCCCCGUCGAGAAGAUAGAAGAGCCAGGAGUCGCAGUCAAUCACCUCAUCGCAGAUACAAUGACCACAAUAAUCAAGAUAUAAACAGGGACAGAGGACGCAAGAAGCAAGGCGGGUUUCGAUGGAAGGAAAAACCUCGCCGCGAUGACGACUCAGCCCGGGAACCCGAAAGGGGCCUAGAGCGCGGGUACCGAUCGAGAAGGUCACCUCCGCGCGAUCGAAACCGGGACCGUGACGGUUUACGCGACAAUGGCAGGGAGAGAGACCGCGAUGCUGACCGCGAUCGAAGACCACGAGACAAAGAUCGCGAUUUGGAAAGGGUGAGAGAUCGGAGUAGGGACCGCGAUGAAAAGAAAGAACCACAACCGAAAGAGAAGAAGGAGAAGAAGCCUGCCGCCCCAUCAGAACCCAUGAUCGUCGUUCAUGUUAAUGACAGACUAGGCACCAAGGCAGCGAUUCCUUGCCUUGCCUCUGACCCAAUCCGUCUCUUCAAAGCCCAAGUCGCUGCCCGAAUAGGCCGUGAACCGCACGAAAUUCUUUUAAAGCGGCAAGGAGAGCGGCCGUUCAAGGACCAGUUGACGCUGGAAGAUUAUGGAGUUAGCAAUGGCGUGCAGCUUGAUUUGGAAAUGGUUCGAAAUAUUGUUGUUUUGGGCGGUACCUCGCACCCACAUCUCAAUAAGACGAUCUGCGACCAGCUCGGGAUCCCUGCAGCUGACGUCUUGCUCUCCAAAUUCUCCGUUGGGGAAACUCGGGUGGAGAUAUACGAAUCCGUCCGUGGAAAAGAUGUAUAUAUCAUUCAAUCCGGCGGAGGAAAGGUCAACGACCACCUCAUGGAGCUUCUGAUUACCAUAUCAGCUUGCAAAACGGCCUCGGCAAAGCGAGUCACCGCCGUGCUCCCACUUUUCCCAUACUCCCGCCAGAGUGAUAUUCCAUACAACAAAGCCGGAGCUCCACUUGUGAAGUCCUCUCUCGCCAGAACCGAUUCUCAAGCUCCCUAUACCUUCGAAAGCACCCCUCCGACCCCGCACCCCGGGAAGUCUGACAGCCUCGGCCUCACAAAUGGUAUUGAUGGACUACAGAAAGGUCUUGCCAUGGCGCAGCUUGAAGACCGAGAUGGCUCUAAUAAUUCGAGCCCGCAAAAAGCAAGGAUCUCCCAUUACGUCAAUGGCGUUCCUAAGCGCAGCGACACGCUAGAUUCUGUCAGAUUUGAAGCAGUCAUGAAAAGCAAUCGAACUUCGGCUCAUAUGAGCGGUGCCGGCUCACAAGAAGAUGCCGCGAGUAUUGUAUCGAACCAUUCGAAAAUGGGCUCUUUCCAACCCCGCCCGGGAUACCGACAAUGGGUAGCCCAAGCUGGAACGCUUGUGGCUGAUCUACUUACUUGUGCUGGUGCUGACCACAUUAUCACAAUGGAUUUACAUGAUCCUCAGUAUCAAGGCUUUUUUGAUAUUCCCGUCGAUAACCUUUACGGUCGCCCAUUGCUUAAGAAAUACAUCCAGGAGAACAUCCUCAAGUACAAAAGCUGUAUCAUCGUGAGUCCCGAUGCCGGUGGUGCUAAGAGAGCUACAGCGAUUGCGGAUUCACUGGGGAUGGAAUUUGCAUUGAUCCACAAGGAACGUCGUCCCACCAAGAUCACAGACAGACAAAACGCUACCAUGAUGCUAGUUGGUGAUGUGAAGGACCGUACAUGCAUCUUAAUUGAUGAUCUUGCUGAUACGUCUAAUACCAUUACCCGCGCCGCUAAACUGCUGAAGAAAGAAGGUGCAUCGAAAGUCUAUGCUCUCGUCACACACGGCAUUCUUAGCGGUGACGCGAUUGACAGAAUAAAUGCAAGUGCUCUCGACAAGGUCGUUGUUACCAACACCGUUGAUCAGGAUGACCAUCUAAAGCGCUGCCCAAAGCUAGAAGUGUUGGAAGUCGGCCAUGUAUUUGCCGAGGUACUCCUAACUUUCCCUUCGCUACAGCAAUAUAUCUAUUCAGGAGCUAACCUUGCUCUUAAUUGUAGGCUAUUCGUCGUGUUCACCAUGGAGAAAGCAUUAGUGUUCUCUUUCAAUAUGACUGAGCAAGUGUCGCCACUCUUCAAACAUCCGUUCACUCGCUUCAGAAAUAAACCCAACCCGCAUGUUUUACAGUUUGCUUAUUCCCGAUGCAAUACCUUCAGCAAACAUAAUGAUGUCUGUGACCUUGAGGCCCUCCGCCCCAAGUCUAACGUUAAUCGCAAUCUCAUUACAUGUUUGCAAUUUGUUUUUCACGUCAUGUUGUUUACAUGGAACUAUUUCUCGUAA